CACGUUCCCAGUCCGUCAUAAGAGGAUCUCUCCUGAUUCUAAGUGUCUGGAACGAGUAUUCCUUCAAAAGCCAAGAAGCAGUAGGGCAGCCAUGGGGCUGCUGAUUGGAGAUGAUUUAUGGACUGUGGUCAUAUUCACAGCCAUCUUCCUGCUUCUGGUGGACCUGGUGCACCGGCGCCAGCACUGGACUGCCCACUACCCUCCAGGUCCUGUGCCAUUCCCUGGGCUGGGAAACCUGCUGCAGGUGGACUUCGAGAACAUACCAUACAGCUUAUACAAGCUUCGAAACCGCUAUGGCGAUGUGUUCAGCCUGCAGAUGGCCUGGAAGCCCAUGGUUGUGAUCAACGGACUGAAGGCAGUGAGGGAACUGCUGGUGACCUAUGGAGAGGACACUGCUGACCGCCCCCUAAUGCCCAUCUAUAAUCACCUGGGCUAUGGGCACAAAUCAAAAGGUGUGAUCCUUGCACCUUAUGGACCUGAGUGGCGAGAGCAGCGGCGAUUCUCUGUGUCUACCCUGCGUGACUUCGGCCUGGGCAAGAAAUCACUGGAGCAGUGGGUGACGGAGGAGGCUGGUCACCUCUGUGAUGCUUUCACCAAGGAGGCCAAACAUCCCUUCGAUCCCAGUCCCCUCUUGAGUAAGGCUGUGAGCAACGUGAUCGCCUCCCUCGUUUAUGCUCGUCGAUUUGAGUAUGAAGACCCUUUCUUCAACAGGAUGCUCAAAACGUUGAAGGAAAGCUUUGGAGAAGACACUGGCUUCGUCGCAGAGGUGCUGAACGCCAUCCCCAUGCUUCUACACAUCCCUGGUUUGCCUGACAAAGCCUUCCCCAAGCUGAAUUCAUUCAUAGCUUUAAUAGAUAAGAUGUUAAUUGAGCACAACACAACCUGGGAUCCUGCACAGCCACCCCGAGACCUGACUGACGCCUUCCUGGCAGAGAUAGAGAAGGUAAAGGGGAAUCCUGAGAGCAGCUUCAAUGAUAAGAACCUGCGCAUAGUGGUGAUUGACCUGUUUAUGGCAGGGAUGGUGACCACCUCAACCACACUGUCCUGGGCCCUGCUGCUCAUGAUCCUGCAUCCUGAUGUGCAGCGCCGUGUCCACCAGGAAAUCGACGAGGUCCUGGGGCAGGUGCGGUGUCCAGAGAUGGCAGACCAGGCCCGCAUGCCCUACACCAAUGCUGUCAUUCAUGAGGUGCAACGCUUUGCAGACAUCGUCCCAACAAAUGUACUACAUAUGACAUCCCGAGACAUUAAAUUCCAAGGCUUCCUCAUCCCUAAGGGGACGACCCUCAUCCCCAACCUGUCCUCCGUGCUGAAGGAUGAGACUGUCUGGGAGAAGCCCCUCCGCUUCCAUCCUGAACACUUCCUGGAUGCCCAGGGCCACUUUGUGAAGCAUGAGGCCUUCAUGCCAUUCUCAGCAGGCCGACGAGCAUGCCUGGGGGAGCCCCUGGCCCGCAUGGAGCUCUUCCUCAUCUUCACCUGCCUCCUGCAGCGCUUUAGCUUCUCAGUGCCUGAUGGACAGCCCAGACCCAGUGAUUAUGGCACCUAUUCACUGCCAGUUACUCCAGAGCCCUACCAGCUCUGUACAGUGGCUCGCUAGCAGGGGCAAUGGCUCCUACAUUCCCCCAAGUUUGGUCUGAUCGAUGUCCAAGAAACAAGUUCUGUGUCUGCAA